AUGACCAUCGGCACACAAGAUGCCCCUUUACCAUUCAACCUAACAGAUCUCGACCGCCAAAUUCUAGCACAAACAGACGAGGAGUUCCAUGCGCACUCAUGGGAUGAACUCAAGGAAAUCAUCAGUACAAACAGGCUCGACAUCUUGAAACGCAAGCCCUCAGAGUUGCGGCGCUAUCUCAAAUGGUCUACUGAAACAAAAGCUCAGUAUGGCAGUGUCCCAAACUACGUGAUGGAGGAGAGGCUCAAAUGGAAUCCGUUGCCUUCCACAACGCCGGAGACGGGACCCAAGUUUUCGGUGCAGGAUCCUACGCCGUUUGCGAACUCAGAGGAUUACAGGAUCAUGCCGAAUGACUGGCCGUAUGGGAUGGAGGAUGGGAUCAGGCACUUGAUUGUGUGGUUGAAAGGCAGAGUGGAGACGGAGCCGUCGAGGGGUGACAUGACGCCAAAGUCGAGGCAGCAGAUUCAGCACUUCGUCCAGAAGACGUUCAUCGAUCGUGUCGAGGGUUUGCCAGGGCCUGCUGAGAAGGUCAUGUGGUUCAAGAACUGGACUGCCUUGCAAUCAGUGCCGGGGAUGGAGCACAUCCAUGUGCUUGUACGGGAUGUGCCGCAGGAGAUCAUUGAUGAGUGGACCGGCGGUGAACCGAUGAAGCAGGACGAGGGUUCGUGA